CUGAAAUGCGGCUGCUGGCGCCGAAGCCCGGGGCCGGUUUCAGGCGCGCGCGGUAGCUGGGCGCAGCUAGGGGUGGCCAGGCGGCGGCAGCAGUGUCAAGGUUCUCCUGGGCGGGCGCGCGAUGCAGCGGGCAGCGGCACUGGUCCGGCGGGGCUGCUGCCCCCGGACCCCGGGCCCGUGGAGUCGUAGUCAGAGCAGCGCGGCCGCCGAGGCCUCGGCAGUGCUCAAGGUGCGGCCCGAGCGGAGCCGGCGCGAGCGCAUCCUUACGCUUGAGUCCAUGAACCCGCAGGUGAAGGCUGUGGAGUAUGCGGUGCGGGGACCCAUCGUGCUCAAGGCCGGCGAGAUCGAGCUCGAGCUGCAGCGGGGUAUCAAAAAACCAUUCACUGAAGUUAUCCGUGCCAACAUCGGGGACGCCCAGGCCAUGGGCCAGCAGCCAAUAACCUUCCUCCGACAGGUGAUGGCACUGUGCACCUACCCAAACCUGUUGGACAGCCCCAGCUUCCCAGAAGAUGCUAAGAAGCGAGCCCGGCGGAUCCUACAGGCUUGUGGCGGGAACAGCCUGGGGUCUUACAGUGCUAGCCAGGGCGUCAAUUGCAUCCGUGAAGACGUGGCUGCCUACAUCACCAGGAGAGAUGGCGGUGUGCCUGCAGACCCGGACAACAUUUACCUGACCACAGGAGCCAGUGAUGGCAUUUCUACAAUCCUGAAGAUCCUGGUGUCUGGGGGUGGCAAGUCACGGACCGGUGUGAUGAUCCCCAUCCCACAGUACCCCCUUUACUCGGCCGUCAUCUCUGAGCUCGAUGCCAUCCAGGUGAACUAUUAUCUGGAUGAGGAGAACUGCUGGGCCCUAAAUGUGAAUGAGCUCCGGCGGGCUGUGCAGGAGGCCAAAGACCACUGUGACCCCAAGGUGCUGUGUAUCAUCAACCCUGGGAACCCCACAGGUCAGGUACAAAGCAGAAAGUGCAUAGAAGAUGUGAUUCACUUUGCCUGGGAAGAGAAGCUCUUUCUCCUGGCUGACGAGGUGUACCAGGACAACGUGUACUCUCCAGACUGCAGAUUCCACUCCUUUAAGAAGGUGCUUUACGAGAUGGGGCCCGAGUACUCCAGCAACGUGGAGCUUGCAUCCUUCCACUCUACCUCCAAGGGCUACAUGGGCGAGUGUGGCUACAGAGGAGGCUACAUGGAGGUGAUCAACCUGCAUCCUGAGAUCAAAGGCCAGCUGGUGAAGCUGCUCUCCGUGCGGCUGUGCCCGCCAGUGUCCGGGCAGGCUGCCAUGGACAUCGUCGUGAACCCCCCAGUGCCUGGAGAAGAAUCCUUCGAGCAGUUCCACAGGGAGAAAGAGUCUGUGCUGGGUAAUCUGGCCAAAAAGGCUAAGCUGACGGAAGACCUGUUUAACCAAGUCCCGGGAAUUCAUUGCAACCCCUUGCAGGGAGCUAUGUACGCCUUUCCUCAGAUCUUCAUCCCCAGCAAAGCCGUGGAGGCAGCUCAGGCCCAUAAAAUGGCCCCCGACAUGUUCUACUGUAUGAAGCUCCUGGAGGAGACCGGCAUCUGUGUCGUACCUGGCAGCGGCUUCGGGCAGAGGGAAGGCACCUACCACUUCAGAAUGACCAUCCUCCCUCCGGUGGAGAAGCUGAAGACGGUUCUACAGAAGGUGAAGGACUUCCACAUAAAGUUCCUAGAGAAGUAUGCAUGAGGACUGCUUGGGCCCAAAGGGAGACCCGCUAGUCAGGCCUUCCCCGUGAUGCCCACCCACUCCAGACUGAACUUGCCUUCCCUGGCGACUCUGCCUCAGGCCUCACAAAGGUCACUGGUCGCUUUCAUUGUCAUUCUGCCCCAAGAGACUUCUUUCUUUGUGCCUUGAUGUUGGGAGCACUUCUCUUCUGAGCAGUGUGAUUGGGGAUAUCUCACAAGUCCUGUUUUUUUGAAGCAGCCAAAGUAGAGGGGACUUGCUCAGCACAUGUGGCCGGCGUUCUCUGAAUCCGUUGUUGUUCUUCUGGAAAGGUCAUUGGAGUUUAAAACAACCAGGGUAUGUUGGGCGAGAGAUGUUUCGGAUCUGAAGAAACAAGGUGUGGGGAAUGUAUGACAAUCAUGGCGAGGACUGGAAAUCCUAAACUCACCACCGUGAUCUGUGAAAUAAAACCCUUAGUGGUGUGAAAAUCUAGUUCUUCAAACAGGAGAGGCUGGAAGUCCACUGGAGGCUCAGAAAGGGCCCACCAUUCUGGCCUGCAGGCAGGUGGCCUGUCUCUCAGACAAGAAUGGUGAAAGUAGGAGCAGGCUGGUUACACUGGGUGCCAGAAUAGGUUGUGACAGGUACUGGGGGCUACGGCCAAGGUUGACGGGUCCUGCAGGGGAAGAGUGGGUGUGAGCCAGGCUCCCAGUUGAGCCAGGUCUCCCCUUGGGAGCACACAGCAGGUAGUGAGGACUCUGCACAGAGAGCAGCAGGUAGUGAGGGCUUUGAGGGUGAAGCAGGCUUAGGCUGGGACCCCCAUCUGACAGUUCUCCCUGGACUUUGGGGAUGCAGUGUACAGCCCAGCAAUAUCCCCGUCGGGUGACAGAUCUGUCUGCUGUUGUGUGGAUGCAUCCUGCUGCUAGCCGGAAGCCAGUCUCUACCAAGGGCUCCCUUGAGCCUUUACACACAUCGCCCCCUGUUGGUGACAGCGGGGACAAGGAAACACUAAAACUCCAGAUGAGGGAGGGGCAUCCUCAAGGACUUGAACACAGUCAAGCCCUCGCCACCAGUCCCCUCCUGUAGUGUCUGUUGUUUCAAACUGAAUUCAGCCCAUUUCCUAGCUCACAAUUGGCCAAAGUGCCUGGUAGCUUGGCUGCUGUGGACAAGUACAUGUCAUUGAAUUGGAAGUUUAUCAAACUAUUUUAACUUAAUGCCAAGUGUUUUGCCUCCACGUUUGCUGCUGGCUCCCCUCCCAGACUCUGCAUACUCUCCUGGGGCAUCAGUCCUUUCUCCAGCCAGGGGAGUCCUUUCUCCACCAAGCCUGCCACUUCCGUGGCAUUAGCAGAGCUGGGUGGGGCGCUGACCUGCACUCCCCAAAUGUCGGGGCUCUGGGAACAGCAGGCUUCUCUGAGAGCCCCUUCCCUUAGGGCCCCCUCCUACCAGUGGCCUUCCCCAGUAGGCAGUGAGGGAAGCCAAAGCCAGCUCAGGAGCCUGGGGACCCACAAAGUCCCAAACGAAUCCAAGGCACCAGAGACACGAAUAUGAAGAGGCAUGAGCUUUGAAGGCAGCCUCCUACGCUGAAAUUUCUGUGCUGGGCCCAUGCAGGGGAAGGCAUUAGGAAACUGCAAACUGUCCCUACUUGCUAGCAUUAUAGUCCCUGUGAAGAAAGUAGCCACAGUCCCAAGUAACAAAGGGAAUGUUUUGGAACUUUUCCUUCCUUAAAAAUUGAGAAAAUUGCACUUGUGCGUGUUGGAUGGUACAUAAAAGCAGAAUGUGCCCCAGAGUUGUGAGGUUUCUGGUGGAGAGGUUACAUAGUAGAAGCUAGUCUAUUUUUUAUAUUUUUGUAACAACUGCUUUUUUCAUGGGGGGACAAGGGGGCUAGUAUUUGUAGUCUUAACAAGUCCAGUAGUUUUUUUAUGAAUCUCUUCAGAUUAUAAAUAACACCUAAAAACUUUGCAACGUUUACAAGACUUUUUAAAAGACGCUGUAUGCACUUGGUUUGCUUUUAAAAUAAAUAAAUAAAAACGUAAGAAGGUCAGCUGGCUUAGGAGGUUAACUUCAUCCAGGGGAGGAAUGCUGAUCGUGAUAUAUUGGGUACCGCCAAAGAAAGUCAUUUGUCAUUUGGGGUCGCACUUUAAAUCUAUACCUGCAGAGUUUCAUUGUUCACCUAGAUCCACACAUGGGGGAUGCGGGACUGUACCUUGAGUGGCCCAUCACCUCGUACCUUGAGACCCAGCUGGUGGUUGUCCCAGUGUUAUGUGGUUUUGCAGGAAGAGCUGACAGGCCUGCCUGUCCCUGUUCUCUGACUUAGAUUCCCAUAGGCAUCUCCUGACAAAGGUACUUAAUGCUAGCUCUGCUGGAAAUUUCUAUACAAUAAAGUACAUGUCCAAAAUGGUGA